CUCGACUCCUUCACACAAACAAGAUGAAUUCGAACUUAGCUUUAGUGAUAUGGGCUGUUGUCGCAGUUGCCACAUCAUUGCCCCAAGGAGCUCCGUCCAGAUCUUACGGCACCCCCAGUGCGGGUUCUACUGGAGGAGGAUUUGGAGGUAGCGGCUUUGGAGACGGAGCCAAUGGGGGAUUCGGCGCUGGAGGCCCCGGUGGCAGCGCUACAGGAUUCGGAGGAGCUGCUGGAGGGCUUGGAGGUGGCUCUCAAGGUGCAGGUAGUGGAGGAUUCGGAGGUGGCGCCGUCGGUGUAGGAAGUGGAGGGUCAGGAGUUGGAUCUGCAGGAGGAUUCGGAGGUAGCGCUUCUGGAGGAUUCGGCGGUGGAGCUACCGGCGGAUUCAGUGGUUCCUCGGGAGGCUUCGGCGCUGGCGGUGCUGGCGGCGCUGGCGCUGGAGCUUACUCUGGAGCUUCAGGUCCUUUCAUUCCCAUCAUUACCGACGAUCGCCAAGGCCCCGAUGAGUUCGGAAACUACAACUUCAACUUCGAAACUGCAAACGGCAUCAUUCGUGAGGAACAAGGAGCCCCACAAGGAGAAACUGGAGCCGUAGCACAGCAGGGUUCUUGGUCAUUCACCUUCCCUGAUGGCACUCCAGCUGACUUCAGAUUCGUUGCUGAUGAAAACGGUUUCCGCGUGGAGUCCGACCUUCUGCCCACUCCCCCUCCCCUCCCCCCACACGCCAUCGCCCAGAUCGAGAAGGCUCGUCAGGAGGAUGCCGCCGCUGCAGCUUCUGGUGGACGUUACAGUGGCCAGUCAGGUUCUGGCCAAUCAGGGUUCGGCUCCGGUUCUGGCCAGUCAGGAUUUGGUUCAGGUGCUGGCCAGUCAGGAUUUGGUUCAGGUGCUGGCCAGUCAGGAUUUGGUUCAGGUGCUGGCCAAUCAGGAUUUGGUUCGGGUGCUGGCCAGUCAGGAUUUGGUUCAGGUGCUGGCCAGUCAGGAUUUGAUUCAGGUGCUGGCCAGUCAGGAUUUGGUUCAGGUGCUGGCCAAUCAGGAUUUGGUUCGGGUGCUGGCCAAUCAGGAUUUGGUUCGGGUGCUGGCCAAUCAGGAUUUGGUUCGGGUGCUGGCCAAUCAGGAUUUGAUUCAGGUGCUGGCCAGUCAGGAUUUGGUUCAGGUGCUGGCCAGUCAGGAUUUGGUUCGGGUGCUGGCCAAUCAGGAUUUGGUUCGGGUGCUGGCCAAUCAGGAUUUGGUUCGGGUGCUGGCCAAUCAGGAUUUGGUUCGGGUGCUGGCCAGUCAGGAUUUGAUUCAGGUGCUGGCCAGUCAGGAUUUGGUUCAGGUGCUGGCCAAUCAGGAUUUGGUUCGGGUGCUGGCCAAUCAGGAUUUGGUUCGGGUGCUGGCCAAUCAGGAUUUGGUUCAGGUGCUGGCCAAUCAGGAUUUGGUUCGGGUGGUGGCCAAUCAGGAUUCGAUUCAGGUGCUGGCCAAUCAGGUUUUGGGGCUGGCUCUGCUCAGACUCCAAGCUUAACCUAUGGCUUACCUUAAACUUAAUCCAUCUCCAUACUGAGUGAAGUCAUGUUGCGCAUCGUGCACUGAAAACAUGGCGGCCAUACCUUUGCAAAAGCAGCAGGUUAAUGGACACUGCUUCCUCGCAGGAUCAAAAAAAACGCUUAAAAUGAAACUGGUUAUUUAGUUAUAAGUUUAGAUUAAAUCAAAAUAUAGUUGUUAA